AUGGUUAAGUACCUUGGUGAGCAAUUAUCCGGUAUUGUUUCUUCCGUAAAUGGGUGGUUUCAAUCAUAUGGAUAUCACGAUGUCAAGCCUCCUAUUAUUUACGGUGAUGUGAGCCGCCCCAAUACCAUGACAGUUUUUUGGUCUUCAACAGCUCAAAGUAUUCCUAGACAAUCUAUGAAAGAAGUGCUUAUUGAACUUGUUACGACUCUGAAUUGGUCUUUUGUGGGAAUCAACCAACCAAGACAUGAACGAUGUUACCAGAUUGUCUUAGCCAUUAAGUAUGAGGUUAAGGACCUUGAGAAGGCUAGCAUUAAGAUUGAUGCUGCUAUAAAAGCCCAAUGGAAUGCCAAGUUUGCUGAACGUGUGAACUACAAAGAGGAAGCUGCAGAGCUCAAGUCAAUCAUCACUCGUGGACUACCAUUUGGUUGGGAGAAGGCACUUUCAACAUGCACUCCAAAGGGCCCAGCUGGUGCUACAAAAAAUCUCUUUCAACAAAAUAUCGAUACAUUUGUGGAAGUACUCCCUGGUUUUCUUGGUGGAAGUGCAGGUCUUGCUUCUUACAACAUGAUUUUGCUUAAAAUGUAUGAUGAUUGUCAAGACACCUCUGAGGAAAGCAAUGUUAGAUUUGGUGUUAAGGAACAUGGAAUGGGAGCCAUCUGCAAUGGCUUCGGCCUUCGCAUUCUUGGCCAGAUUCCAUACUUUGUUACUUUCUUUGUCUUCACUGACUACAUGAGAGCUGCUAUAAAAGCACUUGGAAGUGCAAUUGAUGAUUGUAAUAACAUAGGCAUACUGUGUGGUCACAUACCAGACCUUGAAAGGCGUUAA